GACUAUCGAACGUGUUCAGUGUGUGUGCGAACGAUAGCUGUAGACGGCCGAUACUGCACCUCGAUGUGGCUACGAUGAGUCCGCUGUACUUGGUCCUCCUACUGUUGAUAGUGGUGGGACACUCAUGGAAAACUAACCGAAAGCCCCGUGUGUACGGAGACAAGCUGCCUCGGCGAGUGCUGACUCCUUCCAGCAGACAGGUUCAGAGGAAGAUUGUCGUCUACCACAACUUCUUCCGCACUCACGUCCACCCAGCCGCUGCGGACAUGCUGUCCAUGACAUGGCACAAGGGGGCGGCUUUAUCGGCUCAACGCUGGGCAGACCAAUGUCAGCUGUUGACCCAUGAUAACCUUAGUGGUCGAUGGAUAGACUCUUACGGUUCUUGUGGCCAGAACAUAUUCAUCAGCACUCAUCAAGUCCCUUGGUUCUUCGCCAUCAAAACCUGGUUCCUGGAGCGUCACAACUUCACGUACGACGGAGACAAUUCCCUGAUAGAGGUCGGCCACUACACACAGCUGGUCUGGGCUUCAACACACAAAGUUGGCUGCGGGUUUGCUGAAUGUCAAAGAAACUCUGGCAAGAAGUACUUCAGCUACGUCUGCAACUACUGCCCCAUAGGUAACUACUUGGAGAAGCUGAGUCGUCCCUACAAGAAAGGCAAGGCUUGCUCAGGCUGUCCAGGCCAUUGUAAGCUAGGCAAGCUCUGCACCAACUCUUGUCCUGCGGCGGACCUGUGGGCAAACUGUGGAGAACUGUAUAACACCUGGCCUCAGUGGCUAUGUCGAACCGACCACACACGGCAAGGAAGGGAAAGAAGGGAUAACUGCAAGGCAACAUGUACUUGUGAAGGCAAGAUCAAGUGAGAAGACGAGAGAAAACUUGACUUGAAGAAAUUAUAGACUGUCAGUUAAAAAAUUAUAAACCUAUUUUGUAAUAACAGAACUUUUCAAAUUAUUCAAUACGAAAUAAUUAUAUACGUUGAGGGCCUUAUAAUCUGCUGUGAGAUUAGUAAAUCGGCAAUUGAUAUAUUCAUAGAUGCAACGGUAUAUAACAUCAGCGAAGCAAAACUAUUUAGACGUUUUGGUUCUUACUAUGGAAUAGAGCAUUGUAUAAUUUUAGUUUAUCAAUUUUACAGCAUGUUAUACUUAAAAGUUAUUACUGUAAAGAUUCAAUAAAAAUAUUAACAGAAUUCAAGUUUACUAAGGGGUUUCAUGAAAAACCCCACUAAGUCAAAUUAAAUUUAAACCGAAACGAAUGGCAUCAUUCUUGAUAAAAAAUUCAAGUAAUAGAUCAUUCAGACAAGAUUGAAGUGGUAUUUUGUGAGUUUCUUAGUUAAUGUAGCCUACUUUGUAUCCAGAGCCAUAGAUAGUCUACGAUUUGUAAAACACAUUACAUAUCUUGUUAUGAUGUUGUUAAUGCUAGAAUGUUUAUUCAUGGUGGUUUUGUUAUGUUAAACAGAUAGGUUAAACAUAUACUAUGAGGUACAGAUUUGAUUUUAAACCUCGUAUUGCUUCACUGCCAUAACUUAUGAAGUAAGGACAUUUCUUCUUUUAUUUGCUAUUCAUCAGUUUGCAACGUAAGUUUCCUUGGAUAGUAUUUUUAAAUUUAACAUUAAAAGGACUUUCUGUGCAUUCAAUGUAACGUUCCAAGUAUUUUAUACAUAUUUUGUAAUAAAUAAACUGA